CGCACGCGCAGUGCGGAGCGGCUGGCCCACACUGAUAUUUUUCAGCCACCUCCAAGGUGUUUUGUGGUGGAAGCAUCCAGAAUACUGACCCAGAGACUUCUGACGUUCAAUUUGGUAUAGGAGUGCAGCUGACAGAGGCCAUGAAUGGAAAGGAUGAAUGAAUAGAAGCAGACUUGGACAGAGCUCCAAGGGUCCCUACGUGACGUUUUCUCCCUUUGCAACAGGGAAUCGCUGAAAGCUACCCCUGGAGUGCACGCGUGGGCUGGUGGCAAUGUCUCACCGGGCUGGUCGCUCCCCCACUGCUGCCAAGGUCAGCCUGCUGGUCUUGCUGGUUUCUGCGGUGUGCUCCCGGACAAGCCUAAGCGAGAGAGUUCCCGAAUUUGCCCUUACAAAAAUAGAAGAGAGCGACAUAAAAGAUGACAGCGGGAAAGAGCCAAUAGCAGACGAUGAUGCUGAUCCUGAGGACCUGGAAGUGUUUUACCCCACACAUCAAUGGCAAACUCUCCGUCCAGGUCAGGCCGUUCCUGCAGGGUCACACGUACGACUAAACUUGCAGACAGGAGACAGAGAAGCCCGGCUUCCAGACAGUGAAAAUGGAAAAAGUGACACGAGAGAAGAGAAAAGAAGAAGAAGGCUGGACAAGAUGGAUAUUGACUCAAAUUCGUUCACAUCCCAGGAGCUCAAAAAGGCAUUGGCUAAAAUGAAGGAAAGUGAGAAGGCGGAAAGAAUGGCCCACGAGGAAGAGGUGAGGAAGAAGUUCCGUCCCAUACAGCAGCUGAAGGAGGAGUUUGAAAAGCUGAACGUGAAGAUGGAGACAGAUUAUGAAAUCAUGGAUAAAUUAAUCAGCAAAUUCAACAGCUCUGCUUCCACACUGGAUGAAAAAGUAGCGGCGCUUUAUGAUCUCGAAUAUUAUGUACACCAGGUGGACAACGCGAAGGAUUUCCUCUCCAUGGGUGGACUCCAGCUCGUGAUCGAGGGCUUGAACAGCACGGAGCCUGUCCUGAAGGAACAUGCUGCCUUCGUCCUGGGAGCCGCGCUCUCCAGUAACCCCAAAGUCCAGGUAGAAGCGAUCGAGGGCGGGGCGCUGCAGAAGCUGCUGGUCAUUUUAGCCACGGAGCAACCCCAGGCUGUCAAGAAGAAGGCGCUCUUCGCCCUGUGCUCCAUGCUGAGGCACUUCCCCUACGCCCAGCAGCAGUUCCUCAAGCUGGGCGGCCUCCAGGUCCUGCGGGGCCUCUUCAGGCAGAAGGGGACGGAGGCGCUGCACGUCCGUGUGGUGACGCUGCUCUACGACCUCAUCGUGGAGAAGGUCCCCUCCCCAUGCCACCAGGAUCCCCAGGCACCGAGAGCUUUUUCCAGGGCCACCACUUCGUGGCCACCCCUGUGUUCCCACCGCAGGUCACCUUCCGAGAUGCUGCUCGAGGACUCGCAGCACGGCGACCAAACGGAAGAGAAAAUCCAGCAGUACCGGCAAGUCAAGCUGGUGCCGGCGCUGGUGGAGCAGGACUGGUGCGUGGUGGUCUCCAAGCUGCUGGCCCUGCCGGAGCACGACGCCCGGGAGAAGGUUCUCCAGCUGCUGGGCGUGCUGAUGGCCUUCUGUAGGGAGCGCUACCGCGGGGACCGGGCGCUCAGCGCCGCCCUCGGCCUCCUGCGCAGCGAGUACGAGGAGCUGGCGGCCGAGGAGCAGAGGGACGGUGACAAGGACGGCUACUUCAAGGAGCUCCUCGGCUCCGUCAACACCAUCAUCCAGGAGUUAGGAUGAAAAGCGCGGUAAUUUCAGUUGCAUUGCAGCUAAUUCAGGACAACGGCGUGGCAUUUGAUGGGCUCCUGUGUAAAGGCACUUCUGAAUAAACUGCUGGGCUAACCGAGACCCCA